AAGAGGGUUAGGGUUUGCACGAUUGCAUAUAGAGUUGCUUCUUAGCCGCUCUUCCUUGGCAUCUCCAUCACAACUGUAGAGACCCUCCAAGCCCUCCAAAAUGACUAAGCGAACAAAGAAGGCUGGUAUUGUUGGGAAAUAUGGUACCCGUUAUGGAGCUAGUCUGCGUAAGCAGAUUAAGAAGAUGGAGGUUAGUCAGCAUAGCAAAUACUUCUGUGAAUUUUGUGGAAAGUAUGCAGUGAAGAGGAAAGCUGUAGGGAUCUGGGGCUGCAAGGAUUGUGGCAAAGUAAAAGCAGGCGGAGCCUAUACUUUGAACACUGCUAGUGCUGUAACUGUCAGGAGUACCAUUCGGAGGCUGAGGGAGCAAACUGAGAGUUGAUCUGCCUGUUGGCAUAUUUUACGAUCUUUUAUUUGCAUCUAGGUCUUAGGUACAAACUACUAAAGCAGAUUCUGGGGACAGUUAAACUGUCUUCUUGCUGUUUGUUUUGAUUUUUGAAGGGCUACUAAAGGCAAAAGAAACCUAUGGAACUUGAUUCUAAAUUAUGAGACAAUUAUUGGUGAUUUUUCUGAUUUUGUAAGACAAUUUUGUUUGUCCUUAGAGAAUGAACUAUGCGAUUUCUUUAAUCUG